UUUGCUAUGAGCGGAACUGUCAGAAAGCAAGAUGGUGGCGCAGCAGACCGUCAUGUAAUGUCUUGCAGUGAAGUGAACGUUCAGCGUGGUCAAAUAUCAACCUGAUCUACAAGGUUAGGGUUACUCUUUCUUUUCGCAUCUUCGUUUGACGAUGCUGACUCGCUGGAAUUUUUUACAGAAAUACGUAAACGCCUCGUUGAGCGCCGAAUCGCACGUCGACGCCAUAUUGGAGAUGGCAUAAUGGACCAUAACGGAGAAGAUGCCUCAUUCGUGUGCUGCGCUGAAUUGUACCAACCGAUCCACAGGGAAAACCAGAUCUAUUGGCAUUACCUUUCACAAGUUUCCCGGUAACGCAGACUUGAAGAGGCAGUGGGAAGUUGCAUUGAGAAGGGAGGGCUUUGUUGCUACACGGUCGUCCAAACUCUGUAGUAAACAUUUCAAGCCAGAGGACAUUGACAGGACGGGUCAGAUUGUCAGGCUUAGAACUGGUGUGAUCCCAUCCGUCUUCAAUUUUCAACCUAAACGCCAAAGGCCUGCAGCAUCAAAGAAAACCAAAACUUUAAGUAAAGCGGAAGAGAGCCAACUAUUGGACCUUAUUCAGCAUUUUCAUCACAGUGAACCUCCGCCCAGUGAUGACCACUCGUAUGCAUUGCCAUGUGUACCCCCUCGUCUGAAGGCCAGGCUCAGUGUAGCUUUGCACAGAGUGGAGAGGCAAAACCAAGAGAAGGUUAAUAUCCCAAAACGGAAAGCAAAAAACCGCUUAAAGAGUCUUCUGGAGGAUCUGAAGAGACAAAACCGUUUAAAGGAGGAGCUGAAAGAAAGGCUUGACUUCCACUCAGACAUCCAGCAGCUGGUGGUGAUCAAAGAGGAGGUUCCUGCUGAGGAGCAGAACUCGAGUCCCAGACCGGACCAGGAGGACCAAGAGCCUCCAAAGGUUAAAGAGGAGCCAGAGGAUGCUGAGAUCAUGCAGUUCAUAUUUGACCCUGCAUCUGUUAAGAGCGAAGAUGAAGAGGAGAAACCUCAGCUCCCAGAGAUUGAGCAGACCAGAGACGAUGCAGGACCAGAACCAGAUGAAGGUGUAGAAACCGAUGAGGACGACAAAAGUUCAGAUUCUUCAGAGACGGACAUCAGUGAUGGAAACUGGGAGGAAAGCAGUGAGGCUGAAUCUGGCUCCGACUCUGUUAGAAACAACGAAUUCCCUGUCGGGGAUGGAAGCUGUGAGAUGGACGAGAAGGUCCACAUCUGUGGUGAUUGUGGCAAAGCAUUUAAACGCAGAUCAUGUUUGGUACGACACAACAGAAUCCACACAGGCGAGAAACCCUUCAGCUGCUCCGUCUGUCACAAAGCGUUCACGUGGAAACGAGGCUUGGUUAUACACAUGAGAACGCACAGUGGAGAAAAACCUUUCAACUGCUCGGUCUGCGGUCAAAGAUUCUCAAGAAAGGAGUCCGUGACGUCUCACAUGAGGUGUCACUCAACGGAAAGACCUUUCAGCUGCUCCGUCUGCGGGAAAAAGUUCAACAGGAAGGAGAACGUUAUCCGGCACAUGAGAUGUCACACGGAAGAAAAACCGUUCAGCUGCUCCGUCUGUGGGCAAAAGUUUGGCAGGAAAGAAAGUUUAAGCUAUCACAUGACGCAUCACACUACAGAGAAACCCUACAGCUGCUCCGUGUGUAACAAAGCUUUUACCCUGAAAGUAACUUUAAUUGAACACACACGAUUUCACACGGAGGACAGACCAUUCAGCUGUUCUGUGUGCAAAACGGCUUUUAAAAGAAAAGCCUAUCUGACUGAACACAAAAAAAUCCACACCGGAGAGAAACCGUUUAGCUGUUCGGUCUGCGGCCGCAGCUUCCGUCAGUCCAACAGCCUGAAGCGCCACAUGAGAAGUCACACGGAGGAAAAACCUUUCAGCUGCCCCAUCUGUCAGGCAACCUUCAAAUGGAAGAGCGCUUGUGUGAAACACGUGAAAAACCACACUGGUGAAUGACCAGUGAGGGCCUUGCAAACAUUUUAAUACCCUUAAAUUUCUCCCGUUGUAACAAACCGCAACAUAUUCAAUUGGGUUUUUGGUAAACCAGCACAAAGUGGUGCUUAAUUAAGUGGUGGAAGGAGAAGCCCACGUUUUCAGGAUCAUUUUAUCAGCUAUUCCAAUUGCUUGAUAGCAGUUGUUGUUGCUGCAGUUUGUGACACAAGCAGUUAUAAGGUUUGGGGGAGGGGUUACUUUUGCACUAAAGGCCAGGUUGUUUUGGAAAGCUUCAUCAAUAAAUGAAAUCUAGAGGGAAGCUUGUCAAAGUUGAUUAGAAGAUGGACGGAGGUAAACAUCAGCCAAUCCUGGAAGAAAACCUGUUGGAGGCUCCAAGCACUUAACCUGACAAAAGCCAGAUGCAUGUC